CUGUUUGUCACACCUACCUCACACACUCAGAUAUGUAGCUGUGAUUUCUCCAGUUCAACCUGCUCGCCAGGCUUGUGUCAGGGUUCUACAUUUCAUUCUCGUGAUUGGGGGAAAAAAACAAAAAAACAACAACGGCGAUGGAAUACAAAGAGCAGGCUGCUGAAGUAGAAGCCUCCGCCCAAUUCGGAGACCUGAUUGAAUUCGCAUACCCGAUUGGCUACUCACACUGGGGCGUGUACGACAGAGACGGAUACGUCGUUCACUUUGCAGUCGCAGAUGAGACGCACCUGAUGAGCACGGUCCGUGGGUACCUGCAGACCAUGUUCCCUGUGUGCGGUGAUCUCCUGCUCGGAGAGACACGGAUCCGCCGCCAACGUCUUGCAGAAGUCAACGUCCCCAAAGGAGCGCGCGUGCUGGUGAGCAACAGCCGGCACACGCUCACACCCUCAGAGCUAGACGAUAUGAAGCGACGGUGUGACUCCCUCCUGGACAAACAACUUCCUUACAAACUGUUCACUCAGAACUGCGAACACUUCGCCACAUUUGUACGCUACGGAAAAGCAGUGUGUAACCAGAUUCCAGGAAAAACCAAAAACAAAGAAUGUGAGGAGGCGACCAAAGUGUUUGCAGACAUUGUGUGGAGAGAGACUUCAUGACCUGUGACAGACAUGGAAAACUCCUAACCUGAACAAUACACAUACCGUUAACACACAUGUCUUAUUUGUAUUUAUGGAUUUGUGGAGUGUUUCCUGCUCUAACACACCUACUGCACCUCCUGGGCUGAUUAACACACCUGAGCGAGGCUUAUCAGAGCAGGUAAAGCAUUAAACCUGGCAGACUAUAGUUAGAAGGGAGGAGCGGUGAAAUUAUAUAUUGCUAAGCCUAAAUAUGUAUCGUUCGGGUUUCUCUAAUGUUUCAUUUUAUUUAUAUGUGUGUGGGUAUAUCACAAUGAUUUAAAAACAUGAAUUCACUAAUUGGUCAAUGUGUCAUUUUAAUAACAACAACGAUAAUGAUAUUGCUUUUAGUGAGUAAUUAUAACAGAUUAAAAUACAGAAACUAAAGUACAAAGAUCACCCUGCUGUUUCCUUCUUCUUCUUCUUCUUCUUCUUCUUCUUCUUCUUCUGAUUCUUCUGGUUAGCAUGUCAGAAACAUGUACGAGUGAAGGGAAAAAAUUAAUAAAGAAAUUUAUCCUAAUAA